AUGUUUAAACAAAUAUUCUUAUUAUCAAUUAUAUUAUUGAUAUCCUUUUCAAAUGCUAAUUCAUUGGACUAUCCAUUUGGAAAUUCUCAAUCGGAAUCUGAACCAAGCUAUCUAGGUUGUAUUGUAGCUAAAUCCAAUGAGAAAUGUGAACCAUCUACACCAGGUGUAAGUGAAUGUCCAUCCGUUUCUGAUUGUCUAUUGUAUCUUCUAGACCAAAAAGUCAGUGAUGUCAAUGUUAUUAUGAUCCCAGCUGGAAUCUAUGAAGGAUCUGCUUGUCCGGGUCUAGUUCCAUUCUUCAACUUGACUGGUGAAGUUAUUUUCACUUCAAUUUAUGGCGUAGCAAUUUUUAAUUGUGGAUUAAACCCAUUUAUUCAACUCUCUUUACAUAAGGAGAGUUCCAAUCCAACUAUAACAUUCAACGAUUUAGUUUUAUCAGGAGGAUCAGAUCAGAGUGGUGGUUGUAUUUUAAUUGAAAGUUUUAUUGAUGAGAAAGAUACUUCUAUCUACUUAAACAAUGUAUCUAUUGGUCUCAACGGUUGUAUAGCCGAUAAUUAUGGUGGACUCCUGUACACAAACUAUGCCAACGUAGUGGUUAAUAACAGUAUCAUCACUAACAGCCAUGCAUCUAUUGGAGGUGUCAUUUCAGCUGCAGAGUCUGAUAUAUAUCUUGUAAAUUCCAAAUUCUACAACAACAAUGCUACUAUUUCUCAUGGUGGUGUUGUCACGGCUAAAAAUAUUUAUGUUUCAAAUUCUAUUUUCGAAGACAACAUUGCUCAAACUGGUGGAGUGUUCUAUGCCACUGGUGCAGUUGAAAUUUCAGAUUCUUCAUUCAAGAACAAUAAUGCUGCCAAAAUAGGUAGUGGUGGUGUCGUCUAUACAUACGGUAGAGUUUCAGUUGUUAAUUCAAUAUUCGAACAAAAUUCAGCUGGAAGUGGAGGAUGCAUAUUUGGAUUUAACAUUAAUGUAGUCGACAGUGUCUUCGAUUCCAAUCAAGCAUAUGCAAAUUACGAACAAGGACUUGGUGGAGCAAUUAAUAAUUAUGGAGAGUUAGCUAUUUCCAAUUCAUCAUUCACAAACAACUUUGCUUCUGCUUCUGGAGGUGCGGUAUUUUCAACCUUCUCAAACGUGACAAUUGUAGAUUCUCUAUUCGAUCAAAACAAUGUAAUGAUUUCUGGAGGUGCUCUAUUUUUCGAAAACUCUGAAAGAGGAGGUUACAUUACCAUCCAAAAUUCAUCUAUCAGUUUCAAUCAAGCUCCACUCUAUGGAGGUGCAAUUUGUCUAAAAAAAGAUUCAUCCCUUCCAUUUAAUUUGGACUUUUCAGGAUCGAUGUUUGAUAGUAAUACUGCAAGUUAUGCUGGUGGUAUCUACUUUUCGCAACCACCAAAUACUUUCAAAGGAGGAAUAUUCGUUGGAUCCAAGAGUACUGAAUCAGGUUCUGGUACUUUCCUUUCCAGUUCUCUAGAUUCUAUCAAUAUUGCCAACUUUACAAAUAUCAAUCUACCAUAUUACAAUGUACCUAUUUUCGAUGAAGAGCCAUUCGUAUAUUGGAAAGCAUAUGGUGUAAAAGGAACUUGUAAAAAUGGUUAUGCAACAAUUGACAAGAAUGUAUUGAUUGUUAAAGAAAAAGAUUUACAUAGUUUAUUAUAUUAUUAUAGUUUUAUUGUUACUAUAAAUUUAUCUUAA